AUGAAGUUCACCUGCGUCCUGCUCCUUUUGGCCACUGUGGCAUGCUUCCUGGUGAGCCAGUCGAGUGCCAGUACCACAACGACGACAACAACAGAUGCCACCACCACCACAACCACGGCAUCGUCCUCGGACACCACUACCACCACUGAAUCCUCCUCGGACACAACCACGACCACAUCUUCUAGCUCCUCCAAGAAGAAGAAGCACGUUACCCACUACAAGCGCAAGAUCCACCGCCCCAAGAGGAUCGUCAAGAGGCACCACUUGAGGAAAAUUAAGAACCGAAGGGGUUAA